AGAACCACAGCUGCAGCAACCUAACCAACAGUGGAAUCACAUAGAAUUGACGGAUGUCAUGGUGUAGAAUCAUUGGUAGAAGCAUUAAGAGAGAGCCAAACUUCUUGUCUUCAAAAGCUAUAUAUUAGUAAAUGUUCCAUGCCUAUAUCCUUGCCUGCAGGAUGUCUGCCAACUACCUUGACAGAACUAGAAAUCGAGGACUGUGAGAAAUUAAAAUUCCUAUUUCACCGCUCGCUCAAAACAUUCCUUCAAAAUGUUUUAAUAUCAAACAGUUGUGUUAAAACAUUUGUCUUCUUUCCCCUGGAUUUCUUUCCUAGCCUCAAAAUUCCUUAUAUUGAAAGGUGUGAACAUCUAGAAUCUCGACAGUGUCGAAUGGACUGCUAUGUUAGAACCUCGAGUCUCUAGUCACUUGCAAAUUGUGAACUGCCCCAAUUUCAUAUAUUUUUCUGAAAGAGGUUUCCAUGCCCCCAGUCUGGCUGGUUUUGCAGUUGGAGCCUACAAGAAGCUAGAGGUGCUGCCUGAGGAAAUGUCUAACCUCUUUCCAUCUUUGAAAACCCUGUACAUCUCAUUUUGCCAAGAGCUGGAGUCAUUUCCUGAGGGUGGUUUACCCUCUAAUCUGAUUAAACUUGAAGUUUUAAACUGCUGUAAACUCAUUGCAAACAGAAAGAAGUGGAAUUUGCAAAAACUCCAUGCUCUUAAACAGUUAAUAAUUAGAGAUGAAUUUGGAGGUGCUGGUGUGGAAUCGUUUCCAGAGGAUGGUUUGCUGCCUUCCACUCUUACUGUUCUUAACAUCUCUGGAAUUGCAAGUCUUGAGAGGGUGAAAAUAAAGGGCCUUCAACAAAUCAGCUCUCUUCAAUGUCUAGGAAUCAAGUCAUGCCCUCAAUUAAGAAAUCUGCCAGAAGAGAGAUUCUUUAAGUAUCUAUAAAUGUCCAAUCUUGGAAGAAAGGUGCAAGAGGGAUAAACGGGAAGACUGGAAUAAGAUUUCUCACAUCCCCACCAUUUAUAUCAACCUUGAGCCCGUUUCAUGGGUUAUGUGCCUCAGCCUCAUUGUCGUAGAUAGUGUAUUUUUGUAUCUUUUAACCCCUUUUAGUGCAGAUAUUUUGGAAAGAUUUCAUUGUCAUAGCCUCGUUGUAAAGAUUUUUACUAUUUUAUCUGACCAGGGUCUGGAGUUUGAAUCCUCCCAUCUCUGAUAUCAAAUAAGAAAAACAAGGGAAAAAAAAAUUAAAAUAUACCUAAACAUUUUACCUGCACACAGAUUCCCUUUUUUUUCCUCCAUUGCAAAAACAGAGGAGUGUCUGUUUCUGCUUCAGUGCUCUGCUUUUACCGUCUCUCUUCUGCCUUUUAUUUUGAUGUAAAAUACUUCCCUUGCUCUUUGUGACUCCUCUUAUGUCUUGCUGGAAAUUACCAAAUGUCUUCACUUUUCUGCCAUAUAUGUUCCUUCUGCUAAGCCAUUUUAAUAUGUUAUUUUUUUUCUUUUCAAGAUCUACAAUUCAAUAUGUUUGAUGGUUAAGAAACUUCUCUUCAGGUUUUAGUUUAAUAGAUGUGGUUGUUACUUUUGGUUUUUAAUAUCCAGGAUAGUCCUAAAUGUUUUACGCGUAUACAUGAAUAAAAUUGUAUUAGAUAGUCCAAUAUUUUAUAUAUAUGUAUACACACACCCACACACACACACACACACGAAUAGGAAUGUAUUUUCUUUUUUUUUCCCCCAAACAAAGUAGAAUAUGCAUGUUGAUCCUCUAAAUUAUUGUGUUUGCAAGAUCUUUUUCUCUGUUUGCUAUGCUAUGUUGAGCUGAUUGCAUUGGCUCCACAUUCUCUCUUCUCCACGGCAUGAGUAAAUUCCAUCCAUGAAAUUCAGCUGUCCUGACAGUGUUAUAAUUAUUAUAUCCUUGUGUUUGGGUUUGUCUUAACAUUUGAUCAUCUGGUGGAUCCUAGUUUUGUAACUAUAGAGUUAUCUAAGUCCAUGGUUACAAUUAUUGCUCGGCUAGACAUCCUAAUAAGCAAAAAAUCUGGGAUGGAUGUCGCUUUGAAUAUCUGUUAAAUCCAAGUUGUAGAUGUCAAACUUUAAGACAAUUGGAUAUGGCUACUAUCAAGCUUGUCUUGCCAGUUCCUGUUGGACCAUAUAACUAGCAGCCUCUUUUCCAAGCUUUCCCAGUUUUCUUGUAGUAUUCCUUCCCAUUCAUGAAAGUUGUCCAAGUCCUCUAAAAAAUCCUUCUUGGUCUUGGAAUCUAUUUCAAGACUCUUGAAAGUUAUUGGGUGAUUAAGAUGGACUUCUUCAAAGCACCAAGUUCCUCCACUAGCACUGUAGAAAUUCACUGUUUUUCUCUCUUCUCUAAUGGCCAUUGUUUUUUCUAAUAUCCAUGGAAAGUAUGAUCCAAAUACCUUGUCUUAUUGUGUUUCUUGUGAAAACUCUGCUCAAAGUAGCCCACAUCUGAUCUCAGAGAGGAGUUGAGAUCCCCCAUGUUUUGAUUAUUUAUUUACGUUUCUGCUUGAACUUGUGUGGUGGCCAAUAUCUGUAUUAGCCGCUAAAUUUGCUUCCUUCUUGCUCUUUUUGACUUUUACUCUGCUUACUGAUGGUUUUGAUUUAGAACCUAAGUAGAUUUCUGAAGCCUCAAAAUUUGUUUUAUGCAAUAGCCUUGAAAUUCCUCUACAACAACAGUAAGUUGGGAAGAGAAACAUCGAGAAAGGGUUUUCACAGCGGAGAAGAGAAACAUGUGGAGGUGGGGGGGUAAGAAGUUUCUUACGACGCUCUGGAUGAGCAUUACUGAAGUUGCAAGAGAAGCUGCGCGGAAGGAUUUGCUUUUGCAUUGACCAUUUGUUUGGAUCAUAUUAGAAUUUUGACAAAGUGAAAAGAAAAAGGUUUUGAAGAAAAAAGAUUUUCUUCACUUUGAACAAAACUUGAGUUUACAGAAACUAAACUUAGCCUGCUUUCUCUUUCUGAAAAUGAAAUGAAUCUUCACUUUGAACUUUUUAUGUUAGUGUUUGGAGCUUCUUUUUAGAUUAUUCCGAAUUGGAGUGCAUAGACCACUCGGAAAAUUAUAUCCUUUCUGAGUAUGAAAUUGUUGGGAGAUUGACCACACCUUUUUGUCCUAUAUGAGGAAAGUUAGGUGAAACUUCGCAAGGCCCACAGUAAAGGACCUACAAUUAUUGCCAUGCCUGGAAAAAAGAAAUUUCCAGUUUCUCAAAUCAAAAUUUUCAGCUUCUGUUUGCCUUUCUCAGUGUCCAAUAAAUACAUAUUUGUAUGCAAGCUUAGCAGAACUUUAAAAGCAAUGUAACAUUUAUAUAUUUAUUUAUUUAUUUUGUUCAGGAAAAAAGUUCAAAAGAUAUAAAGCAUUUUCCAUUGGAAAAACGUAAGUUACACGAUAUUUGGUUUUUGGUUUAUAACUUUGCAAUUUUGGAGCAUGAUCUGUAAUGUACUAAAAGAACUAUUUUUCUGAUUUAAAAAACAGAAUUUAUUUUAUCAUGUAACAAAUUUUAAAACCAGAAAACAGUUUUUCCACCAGAUUUCUUUUUGUGUGAUUCUCCUGUUGAUAUUUACAUUUAGAAGACCCCAAGGAUUAAAAUGGUGAUUUUUUACUAUUUAUUUAUUUUAUUUUAUUUUUUGUUCCUCUUCCGUAAUGGCCAAAUUAGUGUUUUCAUAUUAUGGUCAUCAUAUCACAUAUCACCUUCUACUAGGAUAUUAAUAUAAAACAGAGAAAAUUAAGAAGAAAAUCCAAGUUUAAAACUUUAUUUUAGAUCAAUAGAUUAAUACAAGUUGAAAGGUUCCUUCUAAUAGUUGUGUUUCUUUGUGUUUUAUGAAAAAUUAUUCGCCUUGUGAGGUCCACCACAAUGACUGAUCCAACCAAUGAGCUGAUCCGAAGUCCACCCACCAAUUGUUGUGUAUGAAGUAAAGCGAAAAACUAGAAGCAACUCAAUAGGUUGACUUUAGCCGACCAGAUCUAGCGCUCUGUUCUCUCCAUUGCCAUUUGCUUUCUUUGAUCAAUCUCUUUGUGGAUUGCAAAUUCUGAAGUAAACAUGGCUGUUGAAUUGGUGGGUGGGGCUCUUCUUUCUGCUACCCUCCAGGUGGUGUUUGAUAGGCUGGCUCGUCGUGAGGUGGUGGACUACCUGCGGGGAAAGAAACUCAGUGAUCAGCUGACCAACAAUUUGAAGACUGUCCUAUCAGCUGUUAAUUCUGUGCUCGAUGACGCAGCGGUGAAGCAAAACACCAACCCAAACAUCAAGCAGUGGCUGGACGAGCUUGAAAAUGUUUCUUACGAUGCAGACGAUCUGUUGGAUGAGAUUGAAACUCAUGCUUUGCAAUCUAGAUUAAAAGCUGAAUCAACAAAGUCGUCCAAAGCAAAACGAAUAUAUGUGCUUGGUCUUAUAAAGGGUGUUGGCGAAAAACCAUCACCAAGACCACCGACCACAUCUUUGACAGAAGAAUCUGAGGUCUACGGUAGAGAUGCUGAUAAGGAGGCCAUAAUCAAGUUGUUGCUUACAGAUGAUGAUCAUGAGGGUAGGAAUAAGGUGUCUGUGAUUCCAAUAGUAGGCAUGGGUGGCAUUGGCAAAACCACCCUUGCUCAAUCAGUAUACAACGAUCAUGCAGUUGAGAAGCACUUUAACUUCAAAUCAUGGGUUUGUGUUUCUGAAGAGUUUGACAUUUGCAAGGUAACGAAGACAGUCCUCUGUGCUAUAACUAAGUCUCAUUCUCAUUCUUAUGAUGACUCAAACUUGGAUUUGCUUCAAACUAAGUUGAAAGAGGGGCUAACCGGAAAAAAAUUCUUAAUUGUUUUAGACGAUGUGUGGAAUGAGGAUUAUAUUGAUUGGAAGAAAAUGUGUACACCUUUUAAUUAUGGGGCUCAAGGAUGUAAGAUUAUUGUAACAACACGCAAUGAAAAAGUUGCAGACAUCACAGGCACUAUUCCAACUCAUUAUCAUCUUGAGCACUUGAAAGAUGAAGAUUGCUGGAAACUGUUUGAAAAGCAUGCAUUUGACAAAAUUAGAGAUUCUGGUGUAUGUCAAGUUCUGGAAAAAAUUGGUCGAGGAAUUGCCAAGAAAUGCAAUGGCUUGCCCUUAGCUGCAAAAUCACUUGGAGGCCUCUUGCGCUCUAAAGAAGAUAUCAAUGAAUGGGAAAGAGUAUUAAAGAGUGAGAUUUGGGAUCUUUCAUAUAAAGAGACUAAAAUUCUACCAGCUUUGUUGUUAAGCUACAACUACCUUCCAUCACACCUAAAGCGAUGUUUUGCUUUUUGUUCAAUGUUCCCCAAGGACUAUGAAUUCCAGAAGCAUGAAUUGGUUUUAUUGUGGAUGGCAGAAAAUCUUUUGCGUCAAUCAAAAAGAGAUAAGAGAAUGGAAGAUAUAGGUGAUGAAUAUUUUAACGAGUUAGUGUUAACAUCAUUUUUCCAAAGAUCAAGUAAAGUUAGUGUAUCUUCCUCGAAAUACGCAUUUGAAGUGGAAAAAUCUUUCUUUGUGAUGCAUGAUCUUGUUCAUGAUUUAGCGAGAUAUGUAUCCGGGGAAUAUUGUUUUGCAUUAGAAGAUGGCAACUCAAAUGAAAAGGCAUUGAGGGUGCGUCAUCUAGGUGUUGCAACAUUUGUUUCCUCACAGAGAUUUGGUACUAUUUCUGAAUCAAUUCAUUUGCGCACACUUUUACCAUUAGACAUUUAUUCAUUUUGCAACUUAUUCAAUGAAGUAGUGAACAACGUAAUUUUGAAGUUGAGCUGUUUGAGAGUAUUAUCAUUGUUUGGUUGUAUAAAUUUGAGGCAGUUAAGUGAAUCAAUUGGUAAACUAAAGCAUCUUCGUUUCCUUAAUCUCUCUCAAACUUCAAUCAAAAGAUUGCCCAAUUCUAUGUGUAAGUUGUACAAUUUACAAAUUUUAAAUUUAUCAAUGUGUCAUGAACUCAUUGAGUUGCCUGAAGAUAUGCAUCAUCUUAUCAACUUGAGGCAUCUUGAUAUCAGUCAUUGUUUUAAUUUAGUAGAGAUGCCAAGACAACUGAAUAAAUUGAAGAGUCUCCAGACGUUGAGAUAUUUUGUUGUGGGAAAAGAUAAUAAGACCAAGAUAGGAGAGUUGAGGGAGCUUUCAGAUCUCCAUGGAGAACUUCACAUUAGAAAUUUACAGAAUGUCCCAAGUGCUGAGGAUGCAUUGGAAGCCAAGUUGAUGGACAAAAACAAUCUUGAGGCGUUGCAGUUGCUUUGGAAUGGCAAUUCUAAUGAUUCAAAUCAUGACGAAGAAGUACUUAAAAAUCUAUUGCCUCACACGAAUUUGAAAAUGCUUUGCAUAUAUGGAUAUGGAGGUCCUUCAUUCCCAAACUGGUUAGGUGAUGUAUCAUUCUGCAAUACAGUCUAUAUACAACUUGGCGAGUGUAAAUAUUGCAAGUGCUUGCCACCACUUGGACAGCUACCCUUCCUCAAAACUUUGUAUAUUGUCGGACUUAGUGGAGUGGUGACUGUGGGUGCAGAGUUUUAUGGGAUUAAUGGUUCUAAUUCUGUGAGAAAGGCAUUUGCAUCACUGAAAUUUUUGCGUUUCUGUAAUUUGGCAGCCUGGGAAGAAUGGUGUUCAGUUGGAGUUGACGAUGGUGAAAUCUUCCCUAAACUCCAAGAACUUGAAAUAGUUAGGUGUGACAGGUUAAGGUCUGUUGAUUGGCCUGUAAACCUGCCAUGUCUAACAAAGCUUCAAAUUAAAUGUUCUAGCAGUGGCAGUGAGGUUCUUGUUUCAUCACUCCCAAGGACUCCGGCUAUCCGUCACUUGAAUUUAAGCAAGUGUGAACAACUAGAGGUACGGGGAUUGCCACAAACAGUGGAAACGAUUAGGUUGGAGGAUGUAGAGGUGUAGAAUCAUUGAUGAAGGCAUUAAGAGAGAGCCAAACUUGUAGUCUUCAAAGCCUAUGUAUCCAUCAUUGUUCUUUGCCUAUAUCCUUGCCUACAGGGUGUCUCCCUGCUACCCUGACAAAACUGCGAAUCAAUAAUUGUGAGAAAUUAGAAUUCCCAAUGCACCAUGACUCACUCAAAACGUCUCUUCAAAGGUUUCCAUAUCAAAAAGUUGCGGGGGUUCACUUAUAUUCUUUCCCCUGGAUUUCUUUCCCAGCCUCAAUUAUCUCUGUUUUGAAGAGUGUGAAAAUCUAGAAUCUCUGAUAGUCUCAGAUGGGCUGCCAUACUAGCAUGGCCUAAUAUGUCUAUCUUCUCUGUGGAUCGAACGUUGCCUCAAGUUCAUAUCUUUUCCUAAUGGCGGAUUGCAUGCUCCCAAUUUAACUCGUCUUUCAGUUCGAGAUUGCAAGAAAUUAAAGGAGUUGCCUGAGCAAAUGGCUAAACUCCUUCCAUCUCUGAAACAUUUGUGGAUCGCUGAUUGUCCAGAGGUGGAGUCAUUUCCUGAAGGUGGUCUACCCUCUAAUCUGUG